GCGGGACGCGCGCGCGCGGAGAACUCGUGGAGCGGAGGGGUGCUGCCCGGAGCCAACGGAUCCCAGAAGCCGCAGCCGCCGACAUGUGCGGAAUCUUUGCUUACAUGAACUACAGAGUUCCCCGGACAAGAAAGGAGAUUUUUGAAACCCUCAUCAAAGGCUUACAGAGGCUGGAGUACAGAGGUUAUGACUCUGCAGGUGUAGCCAUUGAUGGGAGCAAUCAUGAAGUCAAAGAAAGACAUAUCCAGCUUGUCAAGAAGAAGGGAAAAGUCAAGGCUCUGGAUGAAGAACUUUACAAACAAGACAACAUGGACUUAAAGGUGGAAUUUGAGACACAUUUUGGCAUCGCUCACACGCGCUGGGCCACCCACGGGGUCCCCAGUGCGGUCAACAGCCACCCACAGCGCUCAGACAAAGGAAACGAAUUUGUUGUCAUCCAUAAUGGCAUCAUCACAAAUUACAAAGAUCUGAGGAAAUUUUUGGAAAGCAAAGGCUAUGAGUUUGAGUCAGAAACAGACACAGAGACCAUCGCCAAAUUGAUUAAAUACGUAUACGACAACAGAGAAACUGAGGACAUUACGUUUUCCACACUAGUCGAGAGAGUCAUCCAGCAAUUGGAGGGUGCAUUUGCAUUGGUUUUCAAGAGUAUCCACUACCCAGGAGAAGCUGUUGCUACAAGGAGAGGCAGCCCCUUGCUCAUCGGAGUGCGGAGCAAAUACAAGCUCUCCACCGAGCAGAUCCCCAUUCUAUACCGGACGUGCAAUAUUGAGAAUGUGAAGAGUAUCUGUAGAACCAGGAUGAAGAGGCUGGACAGCUCCACCUGCCUUCAUGCUGUGGGCGACAAAGCCGUGGAAUUCUUCUUUGCCUCUGAUGCCAGCGCCAUCAUAGAACAUACCAACCGGGUCAUCUUCCUGGAGGACGAUGACAUUGCUGCAGUGGCUGAUGGGAAACUCUCCAUUCAUCGAAUCAAGCGCUCAGCUAGCGACGAUCCAUCUCGAGCCAUUCAGACCUUGCAGAUGGAAUUGCAGCAAAUCAUGAAAGGUAACUUCAGUGCCUUUAUGCAGAAAGAGAUCUUCGAACAGCCAGAAUCAGUCUUCAAUACAAUGAGAGGUCGGGUGAAUUUUGAAACCAACACAGUGCUCCUGGGCGGCUUGAAGGACCAUUUGAAGGAGAUUCGAAGAUGCAGGAGGCUCAUCGUCAUUGGCUGUGGGACCAGCUACCAUGCUGCUGUGGCCACCCGGCAAGUGUUAGAGGAACUGACAGAGCUCCCGGUGAUGGUGGAACUCGCCAGCGAUUUUCUGGACAGGAACACACCCGUGUUCAGGGAUGAUGUUUGCUUUUUCAUAAGCCAGUCAGGAGAGACUGCAGACACACUCUUGGCUCUGCGCUACUGUAAGGACCGCCGAGCCCUGACUGUGGGUGUCACCAACACUGUGGGCAGCUCCAUCUCCCGAGAGACCGAUUGUGGCGUUCACAUCAAUGCUGGGCCAGAGAUCGGUGUGGCCAGUACCAAGGCUUACACCAGCCAGUUCAUCUCUUUGGUGAUGUUUGGUUUGAUGAUGUCUGAAGACAGAAUUUCUCUACAAAACAGGAGACAAGAGAUCAUUCGUGGCCUGAAAUCUUUACCUGAGCUGAUCAAGGAAGUGUUGUCGCUGGAUGAGAAGAUCCAUGACCUGGCCCUGGAGCUCUACACACAGAGGUCGCUCCUGGUGAUGGGGCGGGGCUAUAACUAUGCCACCUGCUUGGAAGGAGCCUUGAAAAUCAAAGAGAUAACCUACAUGCAUUCAGAGGGCAUCCUGGCUGGGGAGCUGAAACAUGGGCCCCUGGCACUGGUUGACAAGCAGAUGCCAGUCAUCAUGGUCAUCAUGAAGGAUCCUUGCUUUACCAAAUGUCAGAACGCCCUGCAGCAGGUGACGGCCCGUCAGGGUCGCCCGAUUAUACUGUGCUCCAAGGAUGAUACUGAAAGCUCCAAGUUCGCAUACAAAACCAUCGAACUGCCCCACACGGUGGACUGCCUGCAGGGCAUCCUGAGUGUUAUCCCCCUCCAGCUGCUCUCCUUCCAUCUGGCCGUUCUCCGAGGAUAUGACGUUGACUUCCCCAGAAACCUGGCCAAGUCUGUCACCGUGGAAUGAGAACAAGACUAUGACCAGACCAUCCACCGCCUUUAGUCUAAUCCAAGACCUGUUCCAACCGCAGGGAUGCAAUGCGGGGAGAGAAACAGAACAUGAUUCCGCGUGUCCCACGUGUUCCUGGUAGAGCUCGACAGCUUCGAAGUGCCUUCUACCCAAGUGCUUUUGCUUACAGCAAAUACUGUUUCUCUGUGUCCUGAAGUCACCUGAGGAGAAAAGGGGGGGGGGUGUCACUGAUUACACACGGGGAUCAGAGCAGACUUUGCCACUACUGUGCAAUAGACAAUACCGCUCUCUUCUGAGUAACUGUGAACCUUUUGUAACCAACCUUUUGUUUUUUAAAAAAUGUAUUUAACCAAUAUUUUGUUUACAAAAAAACAAAAUAUUUAUAAUGAUGAUUGUAUAGCUUCUAAGUUAUUUUUCUAGUAUAUGGCUUUCGGUCACCAUGGAAACUGACACCCAAGCUGUGCACCUCGGCUAUACUACAUGCCACCUCUGGGCUUUGGCAAGUAGAAUUCAUCUUCGAUUUGAGCACCAGGCAUUGACCUCUGGACUCCUUUCUCCUUUUCCUUCCUCCCUAGGUUUUUCCUGAUCCCAUUCAUCAGCAAAGUCCCUCCAGUUACCCUCUGAUGCCUCCUCUAAGUCUUGCUGAAAUCUUCUUCCUUCAACAUUUCCUUCUCCAAUGGGACCCAAAUCCCUGCAACCCUCUAAUUUCUGCUGAAUCAGAUCAUGGUUGUUUCUAAGUCCAGGCAGCAGUGUGGUCUCUGCUCUCUACUCACAGUAAAACAGCUUGAAAUGUCCCAUGCAAGAGGAUAGUUCCAAGUGGGCUGUCCUAUUUUCUAUUUAAAAGCAUGCACAAUCAAACUUACUAUGCAAUUUUAAGACAAUAAAGAUGGUACAG